AGUACUGAUUGUACUGGCAACACGUUGCAGUGGUUCUUAUUCUAGGAAAAGGACAUACCUUUUCUCUCAUUGUCUCUCUGCAUAUUUGCACACAGAGUUAAAUAUCUUUCAUUCGGUCUUUUACUUUUGUCCUAUCUCCUCUGAUAAGCCUUACAGAUAUCUGGACACGGAUACAAACAACAUCGCAUCAGUGUCCAGCUGUGUGUUAAUGAAGAGUCCAUGGAUGAAACAGAGAUCAGAGAGAUGGAUCCUCCUCCUGAGGAGAGAUUGACACCAGAGGAAGCAGAGCUCAGGUCCUUUCUAAAGAGGAAGUGCCAACAUCUGGUUGAAGGAGUUCCACAUCAGGGAGACACCAGACUCUUCCAUAACAUCUACAUAGACCUCUACAUCACAGACGAGGACAGAGAAGGGGUUAGUAAAGAACAUGAGGUCAGACAAAUAGAGCGAUCAUCCAUGUUCUAUAACAAAUGCAGCGAUAUGAGGAAUGAUGAGGGUAAAGAUGAUUCUGAUAAUAAUGAGGGAGAUGAGAAGUCUUAUGAUAUUGAGAAAAAAUAUGAAGAACAUAGGGUCAGGCAGAUAUCAUUCAGCAAAUUACAGGAAGAUUCCUGCAUCAGGAGAUGGGAAUAUGAUGUCAAGCAGAUAGAGAGAGCAUCACGGAAACAAGGAACACACAGCAGACCAAUCAAAUGUAGCGACAUCUUUAAACCCUUAUACUAUGGGCAAAACAAAGCCAUCAGAGUAGUACUGACAAAGGGAGUGGCAGGCAUUGGAAAAACCGUCUCUGUGCAGAAGUUCAUUCUGGACUGGACUGAAGGAAAAGCCAAUCAGGACAUUCACUUCAUAUUUCCACUUCCAUUCCGAGAACUAAACCUGAUGAAGAAUACGAAACUCACUCUGUUGGAGCUUAUUCAACACUUUUUCACACAAAUGAAAUAUCUGAAAGUACUCUCCACUACAGAGUACAAAACACUGUUCAUCUUUGAUGGUCUGGAUGAGUGUAGACUUCCUCUAGAUUUCAGCUCCAACCUAAGCUGUUGUGAUGUGACAAAGCCAGCCUCAGUAGAUGUGUUGCUGACAAACCUCAUCAAUGGGAAUCUGCUUCCCUCUGCUCUCAUCUGGAUCACUACCCGACCAGCAGCAAUAAACCAGAUCCCUCCUUGGUGUGUGGACCAGGUGACAGAAGUAAAGGGAUUCAAUGACGCACAAAAAGAUGAUUACUUCAAGAAGACAAUCAAUGAUGAAAACCUGGCCAGUAAAAUCAUCAGACACCUGAAGGGAUCCAGAAGCCUUUACAUCAUGUGCCACAUUCCAGUUUUCUCCUGGAUUUUGGCCACUGUUGCAGAGAAAACAUUAGAGAGCGGAGAAAUGCCUAGGAGUCUUACUCAAAUGUACAGUCACUUUCUGAAUAUUCAGAUAUGCAUCAAAAACGAGAAGUACACAGAUAGGAAAGAGGAAGAUGAAAAGAUGGUUUUCAAACUGGGGAAAGUGGCUUUCCAACAGCUGGAGAAGGGCAAUCUGAUCUUCUAUGAUGCAGAUCUGAGGGAGAGUGGCAUUGAUGUCACUGAAGCAUCAGUGUUUUCAGGAGUGUGUACUCAGAUCUUCAGAUUGGAGGCUGGGUUGUGCCAUGGGAGGGUGUUCAGCUUUGUGCAUCUGACCAUUCAGGAAUUCCUUGCAGCAUUAUAUGUGUUCCUUCACUUCUGCAAUGGUGUCAGAAACAUGCAGCACCAACAUCAAAGCUCUCAGGUCUCUGCUCUGUUCAGAGCUGCAACACUUCAAGACCUACAUAAGACUGCAGUGGAUCUGGCCUUACUGAGUAGGAACGGCCACCUGGACCUUUUCCUGCGGUUCCUUCUGGGCCUUUCGCUGGAGUCCAAUCAGAAUCUCUUGAGGCACCUACUGCCACAGACCAAUAGGCAACUACAGAGCUCAGAGCAAACAGUCCAGUUUGUCAAAAAUAAGAUUAGGCACGAGUCAAAGUGUGAUAGAAAGAUAAACCUUUUCUACUGUCUGAAUGAGUUGAAUCAGCAUGCUGUUGUGGAACACAUUGAUAGGAGUUCAGGAAUUCUGUCUAUAGAGAUGCUCGUACCAGGAGAGUGGGAGACUAAAAAGUUUAGGUUUGAGUUAUCAGACGAGCAGCUCGAUGGGUUUGACCUGCAGAAGUACGUGAAGACACCAGAAGAAGAUCUGACUGACCUCCUUAGCCCAGAUGACCUCCUUGAGAAGCUGGUGCCAGUAAUCGUGUCAAUGGCAACAUCAGCAGAGUUGCAGGAUUGUUCCCUCACAGACAGGAGUUGUGCAGUAAUAUCAUCAGCUGCCAGAUCAGCCUCCUGCAGUUUGAAGAAACUGGACCUGAGUGACAAUAAGCUUCAUGAUGCAGGUGGUCAGCAUCUCUCAGACCUCCUCAUAAAUCCUCAGUGCAAACUGGAGACACUAGUGCUGCGAUCUUGCUGCCUCACAGAGGAGAGUUGUGCAGCAAUAAUAUCUUCUGCCACAUCAGCCUCUUGCAGUAUGAAGGAGCUGGACCUGAGUGGCAAUGAGCUUUAUGAUGCCGUUCAGCAUCUCUCAGACCUAAUCAAGGAUCCUCGGUGCAAAUUGGAGACGUUACAGCUAAUGAAGUGUUCCCUCACAGAGAAGCAUUGUGCUGCAAUAACAGCUUCUGUCAGAUCAAACUCCUGCAGUUUGAAAGAGCUGAAUUUGAGUCUCAAUGAGCUUCAUGAUGCAGGAGUUCAACAUCUCUCUGACAUCCUCAAGGAUCCUCAGUGCAAACUGGAGACACUAGUACUGCAGGAUUGUUUCCUCACAGAGAAGAGUUGUGCUGCAAUAUCAUCUGCUGCUAGAUCAACCUGCUGUGUUUUGAAGAAGCUGAACCUGAGCUACAACGGACUUCAUGAUAUAGGGGUUCAACAUAUCUCAGACCUCCUAAAGGAUCCUCAGUGCAAACUGGACACACUAGUGCUGAGGGGUUGUUCCCUAACAGAGAAGAGUUGUGCUGCAUUAGCAUCUGCUGCCAGAUCAACCUCCAGCAGUUUAAAGAAAUUGGACCUCAGUUACAAUGAGCUUGAUGCUGCAGGAGUUCACAAUCUCUCAGACCUCCUCAAGGAUCCUCUUUGCAAACUGCAGACUGUAGAAGUGGGUGUUAGUUGGCCUCGUUGUAUCUUCACAAGGGAUAAACCAGCAACUGAAGCAGAAGCCUCCACAAGCAGUCCCCACUCCUCAGAUGCUGCAGAGCUGCACCUCAAACACAACACCCAUCAGCAUGCAGGAGCACCGCAGCUCUCUCCUCACACUCCCAAGGAAGAUGAACACAGUGAUGACUCAGAGAGGGACUGUGAAUGCUGUGCUGAAGUUCCAGACAACAGUCACUGGGAACUUGUGGAGCCUGAGGUCUCCACAGAGAAGAGCAUCACAACCCGCAGCCUGAGCUCUGCUGCAGGGAGCUAUGAGUGCUCAGAGUCCAGUCUGCGCUGGUCAUGUGCUGGCCCAGUGACCCUCCAGUAUCGCUUCAUGGACUGGCAUGUCUUUGCUGAAGAGCUGGCCCACAUGCAGUGCAGUUCAGUUGGUCCUCUGAUGGACAUCAAACUCAUGUCAGGGGAACUGGAGGAGAUCCACCUGCCUCAUUUCUUGUGUUUGGGAGGUAGCCAGUUUGCUCUGAAGGAUUAUGUGAAGGUUUUGCAUCAGCAGAAUGGUGGAGUGUGUCUGGAGAUGUGCGAGCUGAGUCGCUCUCAUGCCAAACUGAUGAACCCCGCCUUUUCUAUUUUUGGUACUGUACUUUCUGACGUCACCUCUUGGCUAUUUGCGCACCCCAAGGUGCAUACUAAGGUGCUUGUGUACCAGUGCAGCACUUCUCACCUGGUGUUCCGCUCCUACCUGCUGCCUGAGGAUCUAAAUCUGAAAGAGAAGGUGGAGCAAGAGGAGAAGCAGUGGGGCGGAGUUCGAAGGGUUUGUCCGCACCCCCCCAACCGUCUUCAGAUGAAUGACUUCUACAGCCUCUGCGGAGAGCCGUCAGCUGACUGUGUCCCUACCAUCUACCCAGACGAACUGGAGCUGAGGCACAGUAGAGACACCCCAAACUUCUUCCAGGUGGAGCUUCCUGAUCCAGCCCCCGUCUCUUUUCACAUGCAGUUAUUCAGCUCAGCCAGCAGGGAGCAGCCUGUGUGGAGAGCAAAGUUUCAGACUGCUGCACAAAACAGGAGCAGGGGCCCGACACAAGGUGAGCCCAGCAGGGUCCCUGGUGAAGUGGGCAGCCAGAUGGCAGCUGCCUUUGUGGAUGGCAACAUGGCGGAGAUCAUUGACAGAGUGGCAGAGGUGAUGCCAAUAGCAGACCAGCUCCUUUCCCAGGGCAUCAUUGGCCAGGAGACCUAUGCCAAUAUCCAGGCUGCUGCCACCAGUCAGUCCAAAAUGAGGCUGCUGUAUGAUGGCCUGCGCUCACCUGGGGAUCAGGGCAAACUGGCUUUCUACAAGAUCCUUCAAGGACGGGAGCUCCAACUAGUCAAAGAUCUGUGGCCAAAGGUUUGACAUUUCUCAACUUUUGAAUGGAGUCAAGUCAGCGCAUCCAUUGUAACCCGAGCGAGACCGUAAUACAGUGACAUGAUUUCAUCCAAUGUUGAGUGGAAUGCAGCGCGAUGCUGCUGACUGAUGCUUGUGUGUGACUGUGGUGUUAUGGACCAUGUUCAAGACACACAAAACAUUUGCAACAAGUUUCCUUCAACAGAAAGAGUGCGCAUAACAUCCUGUCGUGUUCAUAAAUUGUGGGCCUGAGAGGGAGAUUCUCUAUGCAGACUAAACAUAGUUGUGAUUGGAUAAUUGGUUAAACCCUGUAUCCUGCCGAAUUCUUCUCGUCUUCUCUGCUCUUGUUAUCCUGUAGUUCCAGUCCAGUUGUUGUGUCCUGCCAAAUACUGCUCCUUAUCCAUGUCUCCUAACCUGACUCAUGCCAUCUACCUGCGUUUCACCAAUGUGCAAUUUCCUGAGGACCAUCCCAAGCAACCAUCUGAGGACGGUGAAAAUCAGAAUAAUUUCUGAACAAAUGAGCCAAUCAGGAUCAUCAGGUGGCAUUUUUCAUAGAUGGGCGGCAUUAUGGCUCUUCUUCCACCUGUCAGUUUUAGCUGCAUUACGGGUCCAGUUCAAUGUGAGUGGCUUAAGGGGCACAUCUGUUAAAGAUGAAGACAAGUUGUAAUCCAAUCACAAAGAUUUUUUGACAAAUAGCAUUGUUUGAAAACGUGUCAAUUGUGUGUGUGUGUGUGUGGGGGGGGGGCAGCUGGUGAGAGUCAGGUUAAUGGUCUACUGCCAUAUACUGCUCCUCUUUGCCCUCAUCUAAUUAUUGUUGCUGCAUGUAUUUCCUUAAUUUUAUGAUUAUUGUGUUUUCAUGCAUGUACAGAAUCUCAUUGAAAGGUUAUUUUUACAAGUAGCUUACUAGAUAGGCCUAUGUUAGUGGUAAUAGCAUAAUCUUGUCAUUUGUAAUCAAUGGUAAGUGUUUGUAAAUUGCUCAUUUGAAAUCAUUUGUAUUCAAGUGGUCAUUUUGUUGUCUUAUUGAUAUCUUUGUAUUGUGUCACAGUUGAGACACAAGUGCAGAUAGUUUUGCUGCCAUGUACAUGAAUUUACCUAAACUAGCGCUGAAUAAAGAACAGUUAU